AUGGUUCUGUCUACCAGACAAUAACAAUUGAAAUGUGACUAACCAGUGAGAAACAGAUCAGACAGAACCCUGAUGCAGGACACAGAGGUUAGUCACAUGGCAGUUAACAAGAAUAUAACAGAGUCAGAUGGUCAGGUGAAAGGAGAGACAUAACCUAAGCAGUAUAUUGUUGUACUCUCAAAUCUCUACAAUGCCGCUAGGCUCUGGACUGUAACAUUCAGAAUGAGUGCCAUAAAACCUAAGGGAGUCACUGGUAAACCAAACAAGUAGAAGUUUUGCCCAGGGAGUGGUGAAAAUGUGGAACUAGAUACUGCUGGAAGUAAUUGAGGGAAAUAGCAAAAGUGCUUUAAAGAGGAAGUUUGAAUAACAUGCUGGAGAACGGAACACAAGAGAAUGUUGAUGGGGCUGGAUGUCUCCUCCCCUGCAUUUGGUUUAUCUUCUAACCAGACUUGGACAGUGUGUUCUCUUCGAUGGCUGGCUGUUCCACCUGGCUAAAACCCGAUGAUCUCUGCUCCGUCAUACCCUGAGACGUUUUGUUUGCCGAGACAUUCUGCUGGGUCAUUAAUGAAAGGAAUGACCAGAGAGAGGCGGCAAUCAGACUGACCAGGACACACGCUUGAGGGAAAGGAGUCUGGCUGUGCCACUUCCUCCGAGCCCUGCAUUAGACUGGUUGCCUGUGGGGUGUGUAUGUCUGUGCAUACUAAUGACCUCUCGCCGUCUUAAUUAGAACAACACGGACCUUUGCUGUGAUGACCUAAGCUCUCCUCAUUCUCCUGUCUGUCUGUACUGAGUGGUGAUUUCCCCCUAGGGAGACUCUGAUAAGGUGGAGAGUGUGUUCGGGGAGCCAGGUGUUGAGCCACAAAACACCUCCCGCAGUGAGAAUGGCCAGUUCAGCUGUAAUGCGCUUUACCGUGGCUGACUAUGUCAUCUUUGCUCUCCUCCUGAUCUUCUCGUCAGUCAUCGGCCUUUUCUACGCACUGAGUGGCGGGCGGCAGCGGACGACCCAGGAGUUCCUGUUGGCGGGCCGUAGCAUGACCUUCCUGCCAGUGGCACUCUCCCUCCUUGCCACCUUCCAGUCCGCUGUCGCCAUCCUAGGCGUGCCAGCUGAGAUCUACACCUUCGGUACUGAGUACUGGUUCCUAGGCUGCUCCUACUUCCUCGGGCUUCUCAUUCCCGCCCACAUCUUUGUCCCCAUGUUCUACCGGCUGAAGAUCACCAGCACCUACGAGUACCUUGAGCUGCGGUUUAACAAGGCAACGCGACUAUGUGGGACACUGACCUUCAUUUUCCAGAUG